AUGUUGCAUGCAAACUUGCCUGUUGCUCCCAAACGAAGUGCGCCUUCUUCGCUUGUGUGCGAGUCCGAGACAACACCGUCGAGCACAGGAUCAACAGACAAUAGCGUGUCGCAACGGUUCUAUCGCUCAUUAGAAUGCGAGAACCGACCCGAGACGGCCGAAUUUCCGGAUCAUACUCUAGCUGAAUCAGCUGCAGUCCGCCGUCAACUAUUGCUUGAGGACACACGAAGGACCGCCCUACAUACGCUAUCGCUUUGUCGCAACGUGAUUGCUAGCCUCGAAAUAACCCGACUCAGCAAAUCCCGAACCGGUCUGCAUUACUGGCUGGGCUUCUGGGACCAGAUCUAUGACCGGCCUUUCUCUCGUGUACUGUCAUCUCGAGUGACCAGCGCAUUAGCCAGAAUCGAUGCACUUUUCCGCGCAGUCUCCGGCGAUCUUCAUCAACUCACACGAAGAAUGCAACAUGUUGUCACAUAUGCGACGACCGAGAGAGACAUUCUCCAUUACCUUGAGCGAAUGGAGGAUGAAGUCAGUGCACGUCGAAGACGGAGGCGAAAGAAGGCACAGGCUAUACUGAAUAAACUGCGGGCCACUAUCGAAUCAAUUCCAGUCAAAGUUACCGAUGAGCUUUUCGAUGAUCUGAAGCGCGGAGUCUUCGCUUUGGAUGUGUUCUGCGACUAUCACCCAGGAGAUCCGGUGGCCGAGGAACAUGAGCGCGAGGCAUUGCGGCCCACAAGGAUAGUGGAGGUCUCGCCGUAUGUCCCGCGCACGCAGCCGUGGAACGAAUCUGCGGCUGCUGGUGCGUAUAUGCCUUCUUCAUCCGCAUAUACGGAUAUCAAUACAGACUGGUCGGAGUAUGUUGGGGACUGGGCGCAUACCGAGCAUGAUUCUCGCAGUCAUAAUCAUCAUGCACACCAUGCACACCAUGCUGCACACCACAGGUAGAUCGGGUCUGGAUCUCGAUACAGAACUUCAGUUACGGUCCUGG